AUGUCCCAGCAUUACAAUCGCUUUCUGAAACUGUUGGAACGUUGGCCGGUUGAUCAGAGCAAGAUUGGCCGUGAUCUGGGGCAGUACCUGCGGGACCAGUUGAAAGCCGUCCUCGGCGGUGCGAACAUCAUUGCGGUGAACGACGAACGACUGUUCAAACAGUAUCAAUCGCUGGAAAAUAUCGUGAACGACGUACACCUGCGAGCUCAUCCACGUUCGCUUAGUUCGACGGCCACUGGGCUGACCGGGGAGCAGUGCCGUGGGGUUCUGUCUUCGGAGUUCUUGGAAGAAGUCAACCGGAAGUAA